CAUAUACAUCAAUUUAGGAUUAUUGUUCAUCGAUUUAUAAGAAUAGCUAGCUCAAUAGCAGUCAUGAUUUUUAAUAUAUUUCUUAUUUUGUUCUCUCUUCUUCCUCACUUUGCAUUUUCUUACACAUUCACCCGUCUCAAUGUCACGGGUCCGGACUCUACUAUUUUUGAUGUGCGUGGUCAAGGACCCUACACUGGUAUUGCUGAUGGUAGAAUUAUCAAAUAUGAAGGUCCCUACGUCGGUUUUCAAGACUACGCUUUUGAUACGCCAACCAGGUCGAAGGCAAUAUGUGAUGGAAAUUUAGACCCAAUUCUCGGAAAUGUGUGCGGAAGACCUCUAGGAAUAGGGUUCUUGCGUUCAACAGGGCAGCUUUUCAUCGCCGACGCUUACUUCGGGCUCCUUGUUGCCGGAACUAAUGGCAGGCUUGCAAGAUCAAUAGCUACUGGUGCAGAAGGAGUGUCCUUUCGCUUCACUGAUGGUUUGGAUGUUGACCAACUAUCAUCCACUGUCUUUUUCACCGAUGGUAGUUCUACAUACAACCUUAGUGAAUAUAAAGCUUCCGUGGCUACCAAUGACUCAACGGGAAGGUUAUUAAAAUAUGAUCCAAAAACACAAAACAUUACAGUUUUAAUAAAUAAUCUUAUAGGUCCAUCUGGGGUUGCAGUCAGUGUUGGUGGAAAAUAUCUCCUUUUUACAGAGUUCACAGGACGAAGAAUUCAAAAAUAUUGGCUAAAAGGUCCUAAAGCCAACACAUCAGAAAUUUUAUUAACAUUGCCAGGAUAUCCAGACAAUAUUAAGAGGACACCAGUAGGAGAUACUUUUUGGGUCGCAGUAAAUAUUCAACAAUCACUUGCUGAAAAUAAUGUUCCUACGGCAUUAAAAAUUGACGGGCUUGGUAAAAUUUUGCGCAAUAUUUCUCUUAGUCAAGAGUAUAACUCUACUUUGAUAAGUGAGGUUCAUGAGCCUGUUGUUGGGACAUUGUACAUCGGCUCUAUCUUUGCUAAUUUUCUUGCCGUGGUCAAGAACUUUUGAGAGUUUUCCAUGUCCUGAUGUAGCAACUUCUGGAAAAUGAAAGCUUUAAUCUAUAAAUAAAAUCAAUAAAACUGUAAUAUGUGAAAAAUAAAAUAAAUAAUAUAUCAAUAAGAAUAUAAUGAUAUUAUUAAGAUUUAAUCAUUUAAAAGUAUUUAUCUUUUAAAUGUUUUAUUUA